GCAAAUCACUCAUCAAGCAUUUUCGGACGUCUUCGUAAAAAUCGAAGUGCCCCUCAGCGAGCGCGUGGCCCACUGACGAAAAUAGGUGAUAGUCACAAGGUGCCAGAUCUAUUAGGUAUGUUUUUAAUACCGAUAUGCAGUUUACCAUUAUUGCUGUUCUCUGGAUUUUUCUUGAAAUUAAAUGAAAUGCCGACAUAUCUGCAGCCAAUAAGCUUUUUAAGUUUUUUCAGAUUUGCUUAUGAAGGAAUAAUGCAGGCGAUCUAUCUUGACCGACCAAAAUUGCCAUGUUCUGAAGCCUAUUGUCACUUGCGUUCUUCAAACAAGAUUCUUUCAUUAAUGGGUAUGCCAACAAUGCCAUUUUACUUAACUCUAAUAAUACUUGGUUCUUGGAUACUGUGUUUACAUGUAAUCAUUUAUGCAACACUCCUAUGGAAAAUUCAUUAUGCAAAAAAGUAA